CAAUCGGUAUCUAUAAUUGAUGAUAAUGUCUUAUUUCUUACCAAUUUGUUCAUAUAUAUCCACAUUUGACUUUGACAAUAGUAAACAAAUUAUUCGUAUUGAAAAGAGUAAAUAAAUAAUAAAUAACAACUUGAAAUAUUUUCAAAUUCCCGCAACUCCCUCAAAAUUCAAAUAAAUAAUAAUUGAUACCUUUUGGAGAUUUUUCAAAGGCAUCAAGACUUUCAAUAUACAAGUGUAUUCAACAUUAGGACGAUGAACUACUUAAGAAAUCUUCCAAAAAACUGUGAAGGAUAAGAGUAAAAUAAACAAAGCGAUGCAAAUACUUUGAUUCAUACACACACAACAAUAUCUCAUUAUAAAAUCCUUAUUCAUGUCUUUAAUGACAGCCGAUUUGUCCAAUCAAAUCCCAACAGUAUUACUCAUGCUUGGAAUUAUCUGUUUAAUUGGUAUAUUCGGUAAUAUUCUUGUCAUUAUUGUAUAUGCUUUAAAACAUGAUCGAUUAACAGCAACACUUUUUAUUCUUGUACUAGCUAUAUCUGAUUUCUUAGCAUGCGUUACAUUAAUACCUGGUACGAUGCUUAUUGAAUACCUUGAAUGGAAUAUUGAUUCAUCUUUUCUAUGUAAAUUUUAUUAUUUUAUUAAUAAUACUUUUAUUCCAUUCAGUAGUUUAUUGAUUAUUUGUAUAGCAUUUGAUAGAUAUUUCUGUUUAUGUCAUCCAUUCAAAAAUAUUUUAACAAGACAACGUGCUAAACUUGUUAUUUUAAUUUUAAUUUUUAUAUGUUUAAUAUUAGGCUUUAGUUCAACAUUCACUGUACGUGUUGAAAAAAUUCAUUUUGAAAAUAUUAAUAAUAAUGGUAAUCAUGAAAAUCAAUAUAUCAUUAAAUCAAUGAAUCAUACUCAUACUUUAAUAUCAUUUGAUCAAAAUUUAAAUUUUUCAUGGAAUUCAUAUCAUGAUAAAGAGGAGAAAUUUGAAUGUACAGAAAUAAUCAAAUUAAAUCAUACUAUGAUAGAUAAAGUUCUUUAUCAAAUUAUACAAAAAAGUCAAACUUGUAGUUAUAUUCUAUGCAUCAUUAGUGUAGUCACAUUGUAUGUAUUAAUUUAUCGAUCAGUGUCAAAGGUUUUUAAAAAACGCUUGGAAUUGAAAGGAGUUAGAAAAGGCGAUAAGCGGCACUUCAACAAUACCGGGGCUCAAAACAAUAACAACAGUCUUGUUAGUAAUAACACCCCACAGGCGAAAAAGUAUUUUUUCACGAGAAAACUUAAAAUUUCAUCCAAUCAGAGGGAUAAGACACCACCUAGUAAGUACAAUUUCUCCAGCUCCAAGUUGGUCACGUCACAGAACUUCCCUAAUUCAGAUGAACCUGUUAACAACAGAAUACUCCCAUCAAAGUCUUCACAGAAUAUUCAACAAUUCGAUUGUGGAAAAAUACUUAUUAAAAAUGAAAUACAAGAGGAUGAGAAAACCACUUCACUAGAAACACAACAACAGUCUGAUAACCAAUCAGAUCAAUUGAAUUUGUUGAAGAAAUAUCUUAGUCCUAAUUUGCAUGAAAACAAUAAGACAGUGGAUGCACAGCCAGUGAACACAGAGAUUACACAUACUGUUCCACUGAACUGUAACAGUCAUCUUCUAGCUAGUGAAGAGAAAACACGUCGUUCUAUGAAAACAAUUAAAGAUAAUAUUGCAUUUCAAAACUUGAAAACUGCUGCCAUGUUAUUUGUUGUCGCUGUUGUCUAUAUUGUAACAUUUAUACCGGCCAUGUUAAUGGCUAUUCAAUAUGUCCCAUUAUAUUUACCUAUAUUUUAUUUAUAUUAUAUUAAUAAUGCUAUUAAUCCCAUAAUAUAUGGAUUUAUGAAUCCAAAUUUUCGAGCCGAUAUACGUGUACUCAUCUGUAGAAAGUUGAAAUGUACACGGUCAAAUUUUACAGGGAAAUAAACGUACAAUUAUGGUGAAAACGUUUUCAACUUUAUUCAUAAUUCUCAUCUUUCAUAGUACAUUGUUAAACUGGAAAAAAAUUGGUCUUUAUUAAGCCAAUUUCUAACUCAUGGCUGACUAGAGACAAGACUGAGUUCAACUGCCGUUUUAAUUUUAUUGUAUAUUUAUAAACUUCAUUAUCCUUACAAAACUGCUGUUAUUUUCUCUUCUCUUGUUUUUGUGUACAAAGUUUGUCACCUGUUAAUCACUCACUGUUGAUUUUUCAACUUUUUUUCUUAAUAACAACAGCAGGAAAAAGUUCAGUGAUGCAGAAUCAUUUUCGUCAUUAUAUUUUUUAUUAUUUUUGUCUAGACUAAUUCAUAUUCCCCCUGUUUGGAAAAGAAAAACCUCCUGUACUUGCAUACUAUUCAUAAUAUUGUUUUGAUCAAGUUUAGCUUGGUUUCUUUUUACAGAUAGUACCAACCAAUAUGAACAUGUGUACACUGCUU